CCCUCCCCGUCUCAACUGGAUACAUCGGACACACACAUCUGCAGAUAACCUGCACAUCUUACAACCCGCGACGCUAAAGGGGAUUUUUUAUUGUCGGCGUGGAAGUUUCAUGUCACGGAUAUCUGGCAGAGAUAAAGCCGGCACCAGGAGCCGACAGCCGGCCGUGAGGGAGCUGGAGGGGUCGGCUAGCAUUAGCCUGGAAGAGCCAUCCUCAAAACACUCCACAGCGUUGACGCCAAAACCUCUAAAAAAAGGGGCAUGAAGAUGGAUUGAAGCAUGAAGGGUGGAAGUGUCCCAUCUUCACAGUAGGAGGACUUCUCUCUUAGGUUGUGCUCUGCAGCUUAACUGUGUGACUGAGCUGGGAGACAGAGAGGAAGAUGCCUCCCAGGCCGUCCUCAGGGGAGCUAUGGGGCAUCCACUUGAUGCCUCCCAGGAUCCUGGUGGACUGCCUGCUUCCCAAUGGGAUGAUUCUGACCCUGGAGUGUCUCCGUGAGGCCACGCUCAUCACCAUCAAACAUGAGCUGUUCAAAGAAGCCAGGAAACAUCCCCUCCAUCAUCUCCUACAGGAGGAGACGUCGUACAUCUUUGUCAGUGUUACACAGGAAGCAGAGCGGGAGGAGUUCUACGAUGAGACCCGGAGGCUGUGUGACCUCCGACUCUUCCAGCCUUUCCUCAAGGUCAUUGAACCAGUUGGCAACAGAGAGGAAAAAAUCCUCAACAGAGAGAUUGGUUUUGCCAUUGGUAUGCCUGUGUGUGAGUUUGACCUCGUGAAGGACCCCGAGGUUCAGGACUUCAGGAGAAACAUCCUGAAUGUUUGUAAAGACUCUGUGGAGCUGAGAGAUGCCAGCGGGCCCCACAGUAGAGCGCUGUAUGUUUACCCACCCAAUGUAGAAUCCACACAGGAACUUCCUAAACACAUCUAUAGCAAACUGGACAAAGGUCAGAUUAUUGUUGUGAUUUGGGUGAUUGUUUCUCCGAACAAUGACAAACAAAAGUAUACAUUGAAGAUCAACCACGACUGUGUGCCAGAACAGGUGAUUGCAGAAGCCAUUCGGAAGAAAACUCGCAGCAUGCUGCUGUCCCCAGAGCAGCUGAAGAUGUGUGUUCAGGAAUAUCAGGGUAAAUACAUCCUCAAAGUUUGUGGCUGCGAUGAGUACCUGCUGGAAAAGUACCCCAUCAGCCAGUAUAAGUAUAUCCGUAGUUGCAUCAUGCUGGGCAGGAUGCCUAACCUGAUGCUAAUGGCUAAGGACAGCUUGUACACCCAGUUGCCUACAGAUAACUUUGUCAUGCCAUCAUACUCUCGCCGCAUCUCCACGGCAACGUCCUAUAUGAAUGGCGAGGCUGCUGCCAAGUCGCUGUGGACCAUCAACGGGACUCUGCGAAUACGAAUCCUCUGUGCCACCUAUGUUAAUGUCAAUAUACGGGACAUAGACAAGAUAUAUGUGAGAACAGGGAUUUACCAUGGAGGUGAACAGAUGUGUGACAAUGUCAACACACAGAGAGUACCCUGCUCUAACCCCAGGUGGAAUGAGUGGCUUACGUAUGAUAUGUACAUCCCAGACAUCCCUCGUGCUGCCAGACUCUGCCUCUCCAUCUGCUCUGUCAAGGGCAGGAAGGGAGCCAAGGAGGAGCACUGCCCACUAGCUUGGGGUAAUAUCAACUUGUUUGACUACACUCACACUCUGGUGGCUAACAAAAUGGCUCUGAACCUCUGGCCUGUCCCUCAUGGCCUUGAAGACCUCCUCAACGCCAUAGGAGUCACUGGAUCCAACCCAAAUAAGGAAACCCCAUGUCUGGAGCUGGAGUUUGACCACUUUAGUAGUCCAGUCAAGUACCCAGAUAUGAAUGCAAUAGAGGAUCAUGCCAACUGGACCAUCUCGAGGGAACUGGGGUUUAACUACAACCUUUCUGGACAGAGCAACCGUGUGGCCAGAGAUCACGCCCUGACAGAAAGCGACACCGAGCAGCUGAGACAGCUCAGUAACAGAGACCCUCUUUCAGAAAUCACUGAGCAGGAGAAAGACUUCCUCUGGAGACACAGGCACUACUGCAUGAACAUCCCUGAGAUCCUUCCCAAGAUCCUUCUCGCUGUCAAAUGGAACUCCAGAGAUGAAGUAGCACAGAUGUACUGUCUGUUGAAGGAAUGGCCGUCUAUCCGUCCUGAGCAGGCCAUGGAGCUGUUGGACUGUAAUUAUCCAGACCCCAUGGUCCGGCACUUUGCUGUACGCUGCCUUGACAAAUACCUGACUGAUGACAAACUGUCCCAGUACCUCAUUCAGCUCGUACAGGUAUUAAAAUAUGAGCAGUAUCUUGACAAUCCUCUGGCCCGUUUUCUCCUUAAAAAGGCCCUGACCAAUCAAAGGAUAGGACAUUUCUUCUUCUGGCAUCUCAAGUCAGAAAUGCACAAUAAAACAGUGAGCCAGAGGUUUGGGCUGCUGUUAGAGGCUUACUGCAGGGCUUGUGGCAUGUACCUCAAACACCUGAGCAGGCAGGUAGAAGCCAUGGAGAAGCUCAUUAACCUCACUGACAUCCUUAAACAGGAGAAGAAGGAUGAGACGCAGAAGGUCCAGAUGCGGUUUCUUGUGGACCAGAUGAAGAGACCGGACUACAUGGAUGCUCUGCAGAACUUCACCUCCCCUCUCAACCCUGCACACCAACUGGGAAAUCUGAGGCUAGAUGAAUGCAGGAUCAUGUCAUCGGCUAAGAGACCGUUGUGGCUCAACUGGGAGAAUCCUGACAUCAUGUCCGAGCUGCUCUUUCAGAACAAUGAGAUAAUCUUCAAAAAUGGAGACGACUUGCGGCAGGAUAUGCUGACGUUGCAGAUUAUUAAAAUCAUGGAGAAUAUUUGGCAGAAUCAGGGACUGGACCUUCGGAUGCUUCCCUAUGGCUGUCUGUCAUUAGGAGACUGUGUGGGUCUCAUUGAAGUGGUUCGCAGCUCCCACACCAUCAUGCAGAUUCAGUGUAAAGGAGGCUUGAAAGGAGCCCUGCAGUUCAACUCAAACACUCUGCAUCAGUGGCUCAAGGACAAGAACAAGGGCGAGAUGUAUGACAUGGCUGUGGAUCUGUUUACAAGGUCCUGUGCUGGCUACUGUGUAGCUACAUUUAUCCUCGGAAUAGGAGACAGGCACAACAGCAACAUUAUGGUCAAAGAUGAUGGACAGUUGUUUCAUAUAGAUUUUGGCCAUUUCCUGGAUCAUAAGAAAAAGAAAUUUGGCUACAAGAGAGAGCGAGUACCCUUUGUACUGACACAAGACUUCCUCAUCGUCAUCAGCAAGGGAUCCCAGGAGUGUGCGAAGACCAAAGAGUUCGAGAGGUUCCAGGAGAUGUGUUAUAAAGCCUACCUGGCCAUCCGCCAGCAUGCUAACCUCUUCAUCAACCUGUUCUCCAUGAUGCUGGGCUCUGGCAUGCCUGAGCUGCAGUCAUUUGAUGACAUUGCCUACAUCAGGAAGACGCUGGCCCUGGAGAAAAGCGAACAGGAGGCUUUGGACUACUUCAUGAAACAGAUGAACGACGCUCACCAUGGAGGGUGGACCACCAAGAUGGACUGGAUAUUCCACACGAUUAGACAGCAUGCACUAAACUGAUCUAUCAUCAGUCCCACCGUGGAGUGUUUGCCUCCGUCAGCCAGCUGUUCAAGCUCGAAUCACGCAUCAGUCUUUCAAGAAAUUUCAGUUCUUCAUUACAGCUGACACCACGAACAUUUCACUGAUGAUGGAAGUUUGAUUUAUCUUUUAAACACCAGCAUCAUUUCUGUUUAUUUAAACGAGGUUCCUCUUUUCAUUAUCUUGCCAUUAUCAUCUUCCUUUUAUGUGUGGUCCCGAUGAAGCCUUCACACUUAACCCCUCUGCUUGUUCUGCGUCUACACAAGAGUCCUCACGGCCUGGUGAAGGUGUGCCCUACCUGGUGAUGCUUGUAUCCUUGGCUACUGUGCGUCCCCUGGGUAACCAAGGAAAUUUCACUCCUUACCCAGCUGCUCUUGCAGGAAAAAAACACAAAAGUGGACAAAUCAGUGUAAAGAAGAUGUACCUGCCAGUCUAUAAAUGUAGCCACAAAGUAAGUUCAACUUGUUGCCCUUCUGCUGUAUUAGUGCUGCACUGUGGCUCCAUCCCAGAAAGGAGGUGCUUGGGAAACUUUUGUUUUUUUUAAUCUCAUUGCUGAGGAGAUAGCGGACACAAGGAACUGUCUAAAUUAUCUUACAUAAUAUAGUGUUACUCAAAUUUGUUUGCGUACAGUGCAGGAUUACUGGAGUGUGUGGGCUUCUAUGAUGACUACCACUGCACAGUCUUGUCGUUCUCAGCUGAUUUGGUGUCAGCUUUUAACUGUUUCUGAGGAAAUUUCAAAGCUCAAAAAACUGGGUUGUUUUGCACAGCUCUCCAGUCUCUCACGGCCUCAAUGAAAAAGCACUCCACCACUUGGGAACAUUUGUUGGUGGUGCUGCUUUAGACUCUUGCAUAAACUUCAGGGUGAUGAUGCCUCUCCAUCAAAAAAAACAGCACUUAGAAAUACCAGAAUAAUAUACAGAUUUAUUAUGACUUUUUAAAUUUAUUUAUGUAUCUAGUUUCUUUCAGUUUCUACACAGGCAAAACCCUAACUCGACUCUCCAGAAACACACCACAUUCUUUGUGUAAAUAUAUUUUUUGUAAUUUGUGUUCCUUCCUCUGACCACGAGUGCAACACCUUUCCCCUUACUUUGUCGAGUUUUGCUCUUAUUCGUGAAUGAAGACUUCUGAUUACUUUUUUUUUUUUUUGCCUCCGUCACUUUUAAGUUAAACAUCUCAUUUGACUUUAUCGGUAGUUAUUGUGGCCCUAUGUGGAAUUUUAAAGACUAAUUUGUUUGGAAAUGCAAAAUGGCAAGAGUCAAAGUGCCAGUCUCACAUUUUAUGAAUAAUGGGACCUAUUUUAAGCCUCUGGCUUACUGUUUUGACGGUGAGCAGAGGCCCAGGGGAACGUCACGUCUUCCUGUUGAUAAAAUGCCUUGGCGUCACAGCACAACACUCCACAACACUGCUAAGCCCUCCAAAGUUGGAUUAAGCAAACAAUCAGCACUAUUAACAUGAAAAGCAUGCUAGCUUCGACCUUCUUUGUGUAUUUUUUGUAUUUUUAACCAUGUUAGGUUGGUGGUAUUUAGCAUGUGCCCCAUUAGAAUGUUUUAGAUAGAUAGACUCAUGGACAAAGUGCAUUUUAACUUGUGUUUAUUGCACAUUUGGUGGAUAUUUCUAUUGUUUUACUGAGCCCAUAACCCUGGCAGCAUUUGAGCCAUGCUUUAUGUUGCCAGGCACCAUUAAAGCCAUGCUCUACACCUUUUUAAAAAGUAGUAAAAAGUCACAGUGGAUAUUAGUUAUAGUGCCCUCAGUGAAUCAAGUGAAACAGCGCACGUGGGUGAGAUUAAGUAACAGGGAUGAUUUGAACAGAUCGCUCAAAAGUAGGCAGGGCUUUGCAAAUACAGAGUGAUAUGAGGCUGUAGAGGACUAUUUUCUCCACCCUCUCCUGCUUUGUUUGGUCCUAUGGAUUAGACCUCAGCUACAUUCUUUGGACCAACACCUCUGCUAGCUAUGAGCCACUAGCUAUCAGCCAUGUGCUGUUUUUUAUGAAGGGCGGGGAUAUCUAAUCAUCUCAAUCUAUUUCAUUUUUACUAAUCAGUUCUUCCAGGAUUUUACUGUUUUGUUUUUUUUUUGAUUAUUGCAAUCUAAAAUCCCUGAUUUCAUCAAAAAAUUGCGAUGAUGAAAAAGAGUUAGUCUUUUUUUAAGUUAUAAUUCAUUUACAAUGUAAGGCAACUUGUUCCAGUGAGAAUAAAAUAGCUAUUUUUGCUGUUUCAUGGCUCAAUGUGCAGUGGAAUGACAAAAUUGCAAUUGUUGAGAUGGCGAUCCUGGAGGGACUGAUUAAUUUGUGUAUACGCCUCCAAGUUGAUGACGAUUCAUCUAAGUUAUUGGAAUGUUUUAGAGAAAGUAUGUAUGUUUGUCUCACUGUGUCUUUAAAAGACACCAAAGCUGGCUGGUCUCCGGAGAUAUUGAGUCAUUUUGGAAUUUUCUCUAAAGUUAUUGUUAAAACAGGCGUUUUUAAUGAUGAACACAGACGGCUUCGUCAGUUGAAUUGAGAAAUUCUUGCACUGUGUGUUUUGUUGAGGACAGAAUGUAGUACUUCACGAGCCCUCACAAUGUAGCUUGAAAGACAUUUGGAUGUGUGCAUAGCUAAAUUAUUAUCUUUAUAACCCUUCAGUAUAAAGCUCAAUCUGCCAACGGAAGAAGAACAAAAUCUGCACUUUGCCAGUUCAACUGUUGAUUGUAUAGAAAAGCCAAAGUUGUGGUCUGUUUUGAUGUGGCGCACGUGUGUGAGCUCAUAUUAUUGGAACAUUAAUGGCUGGAAUGUAUUUAAUUGCUAAUUGACCUUACGUGCACUCUUUUUCUUAUGGUUUUGCAUCUUCAUGUUUCCUUUCUCAUGUCGGGAUGCAGUGCCACUAAACACACAGUAGGUUAUCAGCAGAGAGCUCUCCUCUCCUUCACUGUUCCUUCUUUUCCUUAACGUGCCAAAUCAGGCAUUGCCGAGGCCUGUGAAAGCUAAUGCUGGUGCAUUUGCAUCAUGCAGUCAGGCAUAUCAGUUACAGACUUUAAAAAGAAAAGAAAGAAAAAGGUUGGGGGGUAUGCACUUCAAAAUUCUAGUUCUCAAUGCCUUUUUGUCCAAAAGGACUCUGUAAGAAGAAAGUUAGCCUAGUAUGCAUGUUUCUCAAGCAGUGUAACCAGUAUGUAUGAUGUACAUUUUGAAGCAGCAGUAUGUACGUACAGUAUGUACAGUUCCAGUCAAACCUCUUUUUCUAUGGGAGGCUUCAUGUGUGACAAACCUGUAGUGUUGUUAUCUUUAAUAUCUUUUCCCAUGUGUUCUCCAGAUGGAUGUGCAUUAAUUGUCCUUCUGUACAGGUUGCAGAGCUUCAUUGGCAGGCUCCAAUGAAAACCCACAUUAUGUCUGUCUGUCUGUAUGUAUGUAUGUAUGUAUGUAUGUAUGUAUGUAUGUGUGUACACGUACAUGUGUCUGUGUGUGAUGACACUUAACUGUUGAAGUGAUGGUGUCUCUAAAUGUUUUGUAAGCCUUUUUUCCCCCCACUGGCUGGUCUGUGCCAGAGAAGGAAAAACCAAAAACAAUCAAAAAAAGUUUUUGCAUUGUUUGUAAGGAAACAAACGAGAGGAAACAGAGAAACUUUUUUCAUACAUAAGUUGUAAACGUUUUACUUGAAAUGUCACGAAUCAGUACCACGGCUGUAUUUUGUUGGUUUCAAGCUGAGAUGGGGUGGUGCUGUGUCUGAUUAUGAGUGUGUGUGAGUGUGUAUUUAACUGUACGUAAGCACCGAAGGUUGAAGCAUAGUGUACAGGCUGUUUGAUACUAGUAGUGAAUGUUAUUGAUGCCGCAGUCCUGAAUUUCCGAGCGAAGACUCGACUACUUCUUGAACUAAUGAAGUUGUGCUCAACUUCACAUUUCUAAGAUCAGGUGCAGCGAGAACUAUGACGAAGUAUCUUACAGGAUUUAAUACGUUUUAAUAAUCUGAAAUUCUCUAAUCUGCCUCAAAAUCAUAAGAACGUCCAAGUGAUGUGUCUCACGUGUUCUCAGCGCGUUCGUUAGUUCUCCAGGUCCCAAACUUUGGCACUGAAUCGGUGCAGGAAUUCUGCAAUAAUUGUUGCACUAGCGUUUCUUCCCUUACGUGAAAGGCUUUGAUGGCAUGUAUGCUUUAUCCCUUCUGGGUGUCUAAAAGCUCAACAAUAAAAAAACACAAGCCCAUAUUUACAGAUAUGAUAUAUAUAUCACAGGAUCGGGGUAAACUGUCUAUUUUUUGUUGCUAAGCCAGCUUGUCUAACUGCAUGGAUCAACACAAUGCAGGAGGUUUCAGUACAUAAUCAUUAUACCUGCUAUUCUACGAAGGUGAAGUUGAAAAUGAUCUCAUUUAGGCGCCCUAAGUGUGCAAAGAAAUACUGAUAGAUUUUCUGUGAAGUUUAACAGACUGUUCUCAUUCACGCACUCUUCAGUUUGCCCGUGCAAAUGCAAUCAUAUCAUUAUGAUGAUUCCAAGACAAACGGUGGACAAAUAAUGCAAUUCAAUGCAAUAUCAGUGCGGUAAAUUAGUACUUUUGUGAACUUUUUUAGCGUCUGUUAUUAAAGAGUGUCGGACAACUCUCUACCUUCAAGGUGUUUCUGUUACUGUCCCUGUUUGUUCACCUGGCGGACAGGUGUAGGCGUACGGUGUCUGCCGCCUGUGUUAAUGUGGUUUCCUGAUAUCAACAAAUCAGGCCGCAGAUCUUCAUCUGUGUUCCUUUCUGUAAAUCAGUUCAAAUCAUUGUGAAAUCCACGCUCAGACUCUCCUUGUUUUAACACAAAUUAUGUUUCUAAAAAGCCUUGAAUGAAUGUUUUCAAAUCAGAAUUGGAUCAAGGAGCAAAUAUGACGAAAUAUUUCGAUUUAUUUGGUUAUUUUUGAGGCUUCUGAAAUGUCCCAAACUCAAUUUAUAGAGAAGUAUAGACUAAAUGGUCUGGUUUCAUGUUCUUUUCUGUAUGCAGUGCUCUAAACUACAUUUUAGCGUGUCACUAAUAUAUUUCCACAACAUACCAUGCUGUCAGCACUAUACUAUGAAUGAAUGUACAAAGGGCCAAUGUAUUGUUUUUCACAGCCUACCUGCAUGAGAUUGGGUAAAGAAAUAUUCUUCCUACAUGUUUUUUUUGUUGUUGGUGUUUUUUUAUUUAGUCUGCUAAGCAGCCAUACAGAUGUUUUUAAAUGAAUGCCUUAAGUUUGCUCCCUGUAGGAACAGUUUUUAUGAGUUCACCCUCACAAUAACCUGCGUUUGUAUUAUUUAUAAAUGUAUAUCGUGUUUCGUUUUUUGGGUCCCUGGUCACAAGAGUAAAGGUUUCUGACUGACUGGUCAUCUGAGUGUUCUGUGAAGAUGUACAAAUAAAUUUGUUAAACAUUCACCCGGCCGUGUUUUGGACCGUCCCUUAUUGCAGUUUGACUGUACAGCAUAGCUCUUUACAAAAUCUUAAUUUAUUGAGCAAUAUAAUGUGUAAUUGACCAUUAUAGCAUUUUGAAAAAGUUUAAAUUCUUUAUUUUGUUUUAUUUCCUGUGUAUCUGUUCAAAAAGUGGAUUCCUGAAAAGGGAAUUUAUUUUCCUGGAGA